AUGUUGCCAAGAAUUCUAUUCCCGCUUCUCGCCGCCUCGGCUGUUGCUGAAGUACAUUACCUGUUUUCUGGCUUCUUUUCUGGAUCUAGAAUUGCCGGCAUUGAGUUCGAUGAUGAAACCCAUUCCUUGAGCUUGGUGAAGAAUAUCUCCUCCGCAUCCGAUGACGGGUCGAAGUGGAUAGCACUCGAUGCGCGCAAGCAAAACUUAUACGUUGGCACCACUGGUUACUUCCAAAGCUACAAGGUAGCCAAGGAUCUGGGGUUGACCUAUAAGAGCAACGUCAGCUUAUCCUCGGAUUGCAAAAACGCAAAUUUCAUCACCGCAUCAUCCAAGUCUCCCUUCGCAGUAUUCGGCACACCCUACGGAGGCGGCUGUCCAACAAUCGCCAUCUCCGUCGAUAAGACCGGCACUCUCCAGAAAAGCUUUGCAAAUGCGACUUACAAUACCAAAGGUGGUGUUCACGGAACCGCGCUGAGCCCGAAUAAUGACUUCCUGUACUCCGCCGAUGACAUGGGAAAUGCAGUCUGGGUCCACUCUUACAAUCGCGAAAGCGGCAAGAUUGAAGAGGUGCAAUAUCUUGCUGCCGAGGAAGGAUCCAAUCCGAGACAUUUGACUGCGCAUCCAAAUGGAAAAUGGGUAUACGUGGUUUAUGAGGAGGCGAACUCUAUUGCGGCAUAUAAGCGAAAUACAAAGACUGGAAAACUCGAGUUUCGCAACGAGACGUACAGUUUACUUCCCUCCGGAUUUACUAACUCUUCUUCUUAUUGGGCUGAUGAAGUACUACUUUCCACGCCUGCCGAAGGAUCAUCCCCCAAAUACCUGCUUGCUGCCACGAGAUCCCGUAAAACUGGAGUUCCUGGAUACGUCUCUGCGUUUAGCUUGGAUGCCAGAUCCGGAGCUAUCAAAGAGCAGCUGUUUCUGCAAGAAACUACCAACAGUGGAGGAUCUGCGAAUGCUGUGUCGCCAGCCUCGUUCAGUGAGGACUUCUUUGCUAUUACUGAUAGCGGUUCGAAUUUUAUUGAAGUUUGGAAGAUCAAAAAUAAGAGUGCAUCGGCAGUUGCGCACCUCGAUCUUGAGAAUGGACCGGCGAAUGCCGUAUGCCCCCAUGUGGAGGAGGCUAUUAAUGCCGAUGAAUACGUCAAACUCAUUCUUUGCUUCGACGGUACUGGCAAUACCUUCAGCGGCACCAACGCUGACACCAACGUGGUUAAGAUUCUCCGCAAGCUUGACCGCAAUCACAAGAAACAGUACCAUUAUUAUCAAAUGCGCAGCAGAGUUUCCAAGGCAAUUGACUCAGGAUUCGGGACCACUUUCGAUGCCCAUAUUAUGGCAGGAUAUCGUUUCCUAAUGCGAUACUAUGAACCUGAAGCAAAGAUUUAUAUCUUUGGAUUCAGUCGAGGCGCUUUUACCGCUAAAUACCUUUCACGCAUGGUCAACGAGGUUGGCCUUCUUUGCAAGGGUAACGAGGAAAUGGUACCUUUCGCAUACCGGCUCUACCAACGCUCUCUCCAGUGCAAAAGCAACGAUCGCACUGCGGCCAUGGGCUUUUUCGCCCGCAACGGUGCCUCUGAUGAGAAGGCCCCCGAGGACCAGGCUUCUGUAACUAAUCAUUCCGAUACUGCCCCUCUGUCGCAGAAUGCCGGACCUAAUGGCGCGUCGUCUGAUGCGCCGAAACAGGGAGAAGACAAUGAUGGACCAGUUGAGGAUAUCUAUCUGGCCGGCAACCCUGUCAUCACGCCAAGCAAGGAGGCCAUCGCUGCGAAAAAGGAGGUCAAGGCUUUCGGUCAAACCUUCUGCCGCACCGAAGGCACUGAUCCCAAGAAGCACAAGAAUAUCAAAGUCUUCUUCCUUGGUCUCUGGGACUGCGUCAACUCUGUUGCCAUGGUUGAGCGAAAUUCCCCUGCUCCAGUGGAGAUAACAGGAACUGCACACCACGUCCGUCACGCUGUGGCUGUAGACGAGCGCCGUGUCAAGUUCAGGCCUGCCCUCCUUGCUCAAGACAUCAAGACCGUCAUCAAGGCUUCCAAGAAAGAGGAUACUGAAAAGGAAGAUAUCAGAGAGGUCUGGUUCCCCGGUAAUCACGGUGACGUUGGUGGAGGGUGGCCGGCCAUACCAAGAGAAAUGAAAGGUUGGGCCCUCUGGAAAUACAUCUUCAGUGGAACCAAGGUUAAGAAUCUAGUCAAGCCUCUCAAGGACAACGCUUUACAGAUGAGCGACAUGGCCCUCGAAUGGAUGAUCCGCGAGGUUGAUAUUGUCGGCAAACAACACCCUGGCUGCCACGUGCACUGGUGCCAUACUCUUGAUGCUUUCAAGAAUAGCAUGAAGGUGACCAAAACCGUAGAGGAUCGCAUCAUCAAGGGCUUCAUGCAUGAUACCCUCAGGUUCGGUUAUGGCUCAUCAUUUUUGAAGGUCUUCAUGUGGAAUUUGAUUGAAACGCUCCCAGGUAUUCCUCGCUGGGAACUCAACGACUCAAAGGAAGAGAAGGAUAGAGGAUGGGAGUUGUACAGAGGUAUACCCAACUUCGGUGCUCCUCGCGAUAUUCCCCGAGGAGCCGUGCUGCAUAAUUCACUCAAGGAGCGGCUUGAGAAGGUCAAGAAGUACCGGCCACUGAACGACCAUGGUUCAGGCGACCCUUGCUUGUGGAAUUCAGAGGGUGUCGCCGACAUGAGGGACGUGACGUAUAAGCGCCUAGGUCCGGAUGGUGAAAUCAAGGAUCCUGACUGGGAUGCCCGACAUAAGAUUUGGCAGUUUGAGGACUUUCACGCCCAGCUUGUUCGCGCUCGCACUUGUUGA